CAAUAAGCAUGUGGAGAAAGCUUGAAGAGAUAUAUGCUUUAAAAUCUUUAACCAAUCGGUUGUGUUUAAAGAUGCAGCUAUAUCAAUUGAAGAUGGCAGAAGGCACUAAUAUUCAUAAGCACUUUUCUGAUUUUAACAUGAUGGUGACACAAGUAGUGAAUGCUGGGGACAUUCUAGAAGAAGAGGAGAAGGCCUUACUUUUACUUGCAUUCUUGCCAAAGUCUUACAAGUCCCUAAUGCAAAGUAUGCUGGUGAGUAAGACUACUUUGGUGAUGAAAGAUGUCACAUCCAUGUUGUUGGAAAAUGAUAAGUUUCUCGAGGAGGAUGAUGGUGCUAAUCAAAAUAAUGCUUUGGUGAUGGAGCACUCUCAGGGAAGAUCCAAUGGACGUGGAGGUGGAGGAAAUCAAGAAAGGUCAAAAUCUAGAUCUAAGAAGGAUUAUGGUGAUGUGCAGUGCUUCUAUUGUGAAACCAAGGGCAAGGGGGAGGCUAAUAUUGUUGAAGAAAAUGUGGUUGAAGUAUUAGCUUGCGAUCAGUGUGAUCCUAAGGUGGAGCAAAACAAUUUGAGCUUGGCAAAAAUAAUGGUGGCUAUUGGUGAGAAGGUGAAUAUUGAAGGCAUAGGAGAUGUUCGUCUCAAUGGUCACAAUGGGAGACCCAAGAUUAUCAAGAAUGUGAGGUAUGUGCCCAAGUGUUCAAGCAACAUUAUUGCUUUGAGUGAGUUGACAACACGAGGGUGGAAGUAUGUUGGAAAGCAAGAAUGGUGCAAGGUCUACAAAGGUGAAACACUUGUCUUGCGUGGAAGGAAGAACAAGCACAACAUCUAUGUGCUUGAGCAACAUCUCGAGAGAGGGCUUAACAAGACCAUGAGGAAGAUGGUGUGGAGGCCUAAAGGGAUCUUGGUGGAUGGCAAAGAAAUUAAUAAGAUCAAGAAGAAGGUGAGCUUCAACAAUGAAGUGGUGUUUGAUGAUUGUUCGAGGAUGUGCGAUUUUCCCUCGAAUCAUAUUUUAGUUCAAAAUUAAUUUUUGUAGUGCACCUAGUGUAGGUUUGUCCUAUCCUAUACUAGGAGAAAACUCUCAAAAAAUAGGACACCAUGAU